GUUGAAACUUGAAUGGUGGGGUCAUUCCGAUUUGUGUCCUAAUUGUGUCCCAAUUGUGUCCCAAUUGUGUGGCUGGUGAAAUCUCACCUUUCCUUAUUCAAUUUACGAUACAAGGGGCGAUUUGGGUCUAAUUCAUGACGCCUAUUUGCCCCGUCCGAUCAUUGAAUGAGGUCGGGAACUUGGAGUGGGCUAGUCGUCUACGUUGCAAUAGGAGUGAUCAUUGACCAUCAACCCUUUUAAUCUGCUCCUUUCAUUAUUUAUGUCCUAUUUAGAAAUCGUAAUAUCAUCUAGAAUCGAGUUCAAGAAUAUCCUAUCAGAAUUAUAUCAGGAGAAGUGAAAGGGAGAAAAGGGACAUUUAAUAUUAGUAUCGACCUCUAAAGAGAUCUCGGAGCCAUGACGACAGAAUCGAGAUAAAAUAGUAGUUUCUCGUUGCCUGGAGCAUUCGAACCCAAACACCGACUUUCUAACCUAGUCUUUGUUUGUUUGCAUAUUCGCAUCCUAUUAACACCAAUUAUUCUGAGAGGGUGGAGGAGUAACUUUUAGCUUUCCCUCCUUUGUCUUCUAAUAGAUCUAGGAUAUAGUAACUUGCUGUGUUACCUCUAUCGCUGCCGGCUCUCAACGCCGCGCGAUCCUCGUCAUCAGUAGCGACAGCUUCGUCAUCAUGGAUGUCGCAGACUCUUCUAACCCCAGCAAGGUUGGGAAGCUCCUCCCCAAGAAGUUAGCAACAAAACGAUGGAAGAAGCAACCUUCGAAGGAGAGUUUCGGUUCGACAGCUAGUAGCGAAGACUAUUCUCGGGGAAGAAGCACAAGCAGUCUUGGUCUUAAGAACGGCUCUUUCUCGACUACGCAAGUCAACGAGAUGGCAGACGACGACGAAGAUGGAAGGGAAGAACCCGAAGAAAGCCCCGAAGCCUAUUGUUCUGACCCUGAAGAUGUGUCUGCGGCUCGGCCCACGGUCCCUUCAACGCAUCCGUCCCAAAUUGGGCAGUUGACAACUUCGUCACCCUUAAUCCAGGCCGAUCACCUUCCCGAAAUACAGAAUCAGAGCACCGACGAUCUGACCAAUACUUCACGAUCUGCCACCUUCGCCGUUACGCCUAUCCCUAGCUUUUCCUACGAGCCGGCUCGUCAAUUGUCUCAUACCAAGACCAGCUUACAACCACCCCAAACUCCUUCGAGCCGGUCGAAAUCGCCUACUAGUAGAUUUAGGGACGCUUUCAGAGGCAAAAGAAACGUGAGUGGUGCGCAGGAAGUUGGUAGCGACAGUCAGACAGACGUUGCCGAUAACGAGGAGGUGAAGACGUCGUCCCGGAGGUCGACCGCCGGAUCUACUUCUCGUCCAGGAUCGAGCACGGCUUCGCAGUCUGAUACCAGUGACAAGAAGAUAGCUUCUUCUGCACGUGAAGGUCGAUCAAAGAAACCACCAUCCAUCGAUACUUCAGGUCGCCCUCUUACGCCGCCCUCGAUCGAACCUGCAGCUCCGGUUAUUGUUAAUACACCGCCGACCCCGACCGAAAGCCAUCGCUCGAGGAAGAACUCGGCAGCCAGUGCGAGCUCGGUCCCAAAUGUGGUUGUCCAGCCUGCGGGUAGUAUGAUAUCGAGCCGACGAAGGAGAUCAGGAUCAGGCACAAGCAUUGGCCCAAGCAAGCUAUCUAACAUAACGUUGGCUCCUCUAACACCGACACCCGAAAACCCACCACUAACUCCUGGAGGCGGUUUUUUCUCGAGCAUGCUAUCUGCUGCACAAACCGCUGCCAACACCUUGAGUACCGCCGUUACCAACACUAAUUUAGGAUCGGGUGGCAACAAGGCCAAAUCUAACGUCCCUAGAGAGACGCAACCAGGUGACGACGACAGGGUAGAAGUUGAGACAUCUGCUGGACAGUUGGAGAAUACUAAUAUGGGCGACAAGGAACCUGCCGUAAAAACCCUCGGAAUGGGUGACCUAAGUUUAAGCCAGCUGGGAAUCCAGGAGCCUGGAAGCAUCGCCCCUACUCCGACCACUACUAAAUUCUCCGACUCUACUACCGAAUCAAGGACACGUUCCGAAUCUGCACCCGUGGAUAACGCAACCGCAUCUGCUAAUGGAGAUGGCCAUUCCGACGACCUGGCGGUAGGAGGACCACGAUCCGUUUACGAGCCAUCCGCUACGUCCCCCCCAACCAGUCUAUAUGAAGGUAAGUCAGGCCUUCAACGCAGUGGUAGCACUAAGAGUGCUCUGGCCCGGACAAGACGGAAACGCGGUAGUACCGGAGGAACCGCUGGAACUGGAACCACGAUCGGUGCGGCCAUCGCAGCAGCUAAUGCCUCUGUAGCCCACCCUUCCGCCGCCGGUAGUACCCCAAAGCUCACAGGGUUUGCUGUAGCGAGUAAAAAACGCAACCGGGAUUUCCACGUCUUGUUCAAAAGUGUCCCUGAUGACGACUAUCUCAUUGAAGAUUACAGCUGUGCUCUUCAACGUGAGAUCCUCGCACACGGCAGACUCUACGUUUCGGAAAGCCACCUAUGUUUCAGCAGUAAUAUCUUCGGAUGGGUAACGACCCUGGUUAUAAGCUUCGACGAGAUUGUAUCUGUCGAAAAGAGGAGCACCGCUCUCGUCUUUAGGAACGGCCUGAUGAUCUCGACGCUUCAUGCUAAGCACGUAUUCGCUAGUUUUACUAGCCGAGACUCGACUUACGAUUUGAUUGUUAACAUUUGGAAGCUUGGACACCCUACCCUGCAGAGUUCGCUUAAUGGGGUUUCGCUGGAGGGGACAGGCGGUGAUAAGACAGAAAAGGUUGAAGAUGCUGAUGCUGCGGUCGGAAGCCGAAGCGGCACGGGAUCCGAAGAGGAAGAGAGCGAAGACGGUGAGGAUGUCUACGACGAAGACCAGGACGACGACGCGCUCGAGGUAGCAAAGACCACCGACGCAAGCCCCGCCGACACGGAUGGUGAAAAGUCCGGCGGCAGGAAGGUAUCUGGUGCAGUGAUCGGCAACGGUGCUGUUGAGAAAACAGACUUUGCGCCUACACCCUCGGGAACCCCCGAUUUCCCAGGACCGGCUACUCAUGCACCGACGGAUUGCGGCGAUACAGAUGCUCAUUACGAAGUAGUUGUCGGCGACGAUAUUAUCCCUGCUCCUCUAGGAAAGGUGUACACUUUGAUAUUUGGACCUGCAUCUCCAGUGUGGAUGGGGAAGUGGCUGACAGGCGAACAAAAAUGCACUGACUUGCAGAUGGAAGACAAGAAAGGACUGACCCAAGACAAUAAGAGCCGAGGAUUUACUUACAUCAAACCUCUCUACGCUUCGAUAGGACCCAAGCAGACCAAGUGUUUAGUGACGGAGACGCUGGAGAACCUCGACCUGGAAAAGAGCGUCAACGUGUUGGUUGUUGUGCAGAACCCGGACGUGCCUAGCGGCAACGUAUUUAGUGUAAAAACUAAAUAUUGUCUCUCCUGGGCCGAAAACAACUCGACUCACGUGAACAUCAACUGUACUAUCGAAUGGACUGGAAAGAGUUGGCUGAAAGGACCUAUCGAGAAGGGGGCUAAAGACGGCCAAACCCAGUACUGCAAAGAUCUUUUCGCUGCUCUAAAAGGAGCAGUUUCCACUGCGCCUCGUCCUGUAGCUGUUAAUGGCGGAGCGGUAAAAGGCAAGAAAAAGCGAGUCAAGGGAAAGUUGCACCAAGCCUCUAAGGAAAGCUUGUCCGGCCCAUCAGACUUGGUGGUGACGAAAUCUCAAGACUGGGGCGUGUUUGAGCCGCUCCACGGUAUCCUCGGUCCUGUGUUAGACAUUCUCGGACCGGUACUUACCGGCAAUGUUGUGUACGGACUGCUUGUCGGGCUACUAGUAGCGACAUGGUUUGGUUUCGGAUUCAAUGGUCAACCGAGGGGUGCGCCGUACGGGCGUGAUUUGGGUUUCAUAGGAUAUCCGGACCGCGUCGUCGCGUACGAUGAGAUUUGGAGGCGAGAAGAAAGUGAUUUAUGGGACUGGUUGGAAGAUAGGGUAGGCCUCCAUCGCAUGAACGAAGGGGCGAUGCCCGUACGCAAACGGGUAAUGGAGCCACGCACAGUCGAAGAAAAGUUGCGCGAGGAGCGCAUGAACGAGCGAGAAGUCGAAGAAGCUAUCAAGGUAACGGAGGAGAAGUUACAGGUUCUAAAAUCUGUCAUGGACCGAAAGAAAACACCUCCGAAAUCCAGCGUUUAUGGUAGACCAACUACCAAAGUACCGGCGACUGAGAGGUAGCGAUAGGAAAAGGGGAAGACGAGGAAGAAGGACAAGCAAUGAGUUUACCACACAGGCACACACAGACAUUAUCAUCAUACAACAGCAAGAAGCUACGACAGCCAAUUCCAUAUGUCAGCAACCAUAGCAUACACGACGCCACGACGAAGCACAUUGAUUUUUAUUAUGUAACUCAUAGCCUGUAUUGUACAUUUGAAAGUGUCAAAUUUUCAGCUUCGUCUAGGUGUUCAGGGCGUAGGGGCUUCCGGGAUUUGGCUUUAGACCAUCUAUUUUGUAAUAUAAGAGAUAGCAUUGCAACUUCGGAAGGGGUCUGUUAUAGAAGGGUGGUAGGACUGAUAUAGUAUACAUUUUAGUUCUAUUGACAGAC